GGGAAGAAUAAAUUGGAUGCUGUCCUGAGCUGUUGGAAGUCCUGGAAGAAGUGGAGUUUUCCUUUGUCACUGAAGGAGGAAUUUGAAAUCCCAGGGCAUCUCACGGAGACACAGGAAAGCAAAGAUGGAAAUAUUUCACAAACACUAGGGUGAAGGUAAAAUCAGAAUUUCCCAUGAACUCUCAGAAGGGGAAAAAUUAGGAACAAGUAACAGAAAGGUGCGGGUGAAGAAAUGCCUGGAUAGCCUUGGGAUUCCCUGUAAUCUGGAUGAUGUGCCCAAUAUCGCCAUCCUGGGAGCUGGGGGAGGUCUGCGAGCCAUGAUCGCCCUUCAUGGAACCCUGCAGGAGCUACAAAAGCAUGGUCUCCUGGGCACCAUCAUGUACCUCUGUGGGGUCUCAGGUGCAACAUGGUGUAUGUCCUCUCUCUACAACAAUGGGGACUGGGCAGAGAAAUUGCAGGCCUUGGAGGAAAGUAUGUGUGCUCGACUUUCCAAAUACACCUGGAGUGUCCCAAAGGCAACAAAAAUGCUUCUUGAGGCAGCUAAAGAUGAAAAUUACUCUCUGACUGAGUUCUGGGCCUACACUGUGGUCUAUGGAAUGUUACAUGAACUAGAAAAGGGGCACUUGUCAGAACAGAAGGGUGCAUCUGAGAAUGGAAAUAAUCCCUACCCAAUCUAUGCAGCUGUGGAUGAGCGAAGUUUCUGCAAAGUAACUGAAUAUUUACCAGAAACCUGGUUUGUGUUCACCCCUCAUGAAGCCAGCUUCCUUGGCUAUGGAGCAAGUGUACCCAUGGAAUACUUUGGAAGUGAAUACAAGAAUGGGGAGCUAAAGAAGCAGAAAGAAGAGAAAAACAUGAGUUACCUGCAAGGUUUGUGGGGAAGUUGCAUUGGCAGCAAAGAAGAAAAUGAAAAAGUCAUAAAAGAUAUGUUCUUUGGCAUAUUUAAGGGAAAAAGAGGAUCAGAUUCAUCAUUCUUGGUAGCUAACAAAAGUGAUUGGGAAGGAACUUUGGAGGGGUUUCCAGCACCCACCCUUGAACCAGAAGCCGGUGAUAUGGAAGGUGCUUUACAGACUGGGCCAGGAGGACCUUCACCACGUGCCUUUUCAAUAGGUACUAUGGACAGUUCAAUUACUGGAGAAAUUGUGAGUGGCAUUGGCUCGGCAGUGGAUUUAGCUAGGAUGUUGUCUAAAACCACUUACAAUCUCUUGCACUCAAAAUGGGGAACCAAUAGUAACUUUCUUUACAAAUGCUCUGAUAUUGACACUCCUGAGCUGGUGAACAAUAAAGUCAUCUCCUUGGUUGAUGCUGGCAUAGCCAUAAACUGUGCUUACCCCCUGGUUCUCCGCCCAGAAAGGAAAGUGAAACUGAUCCUCUCCUUUGACUAUGGACCUUUUGAUCUGUUUCAGACACUCAAGCAAGCUGCCAAAUACUGUGAAGAAAACUGCAUCCUGUUCCCUAAGGUGGAUGAGAAAUUGCUCCAAGACCCAGAUAACCCAUCUGACUGCUAUGGAGAGGGUGCGCCUACCGUCAUGCAUUUCCCACUUUUCAACAAAGUGAAUUGCCCAGGCUGUGUGAAGGAUUGGAGAAUUAAAUUCACCCCCAUUCGCUUUCUCUACAACGAGGGAGACAUCCACAAACUUCUCCAGUCAGCCAGACUGAAUGUAUUGAACAAUAAAGACAAGAUUCUACAAGAGAUCAAAUACAUUGUGGCUCACUCCAGCAAGGAGGCAAGCUCUUAAGAAGACUUUUUCAUCUAUGCUCUGCAUACGUUAAAGCCACCCAGUAGAUUUUGCAAACUAUAGAAUUGUCACCUGGCUGGAAAAUGUCAUUAUUUGGUAUCACAGUGGGGAGAGGAGUCUCAGCUUCUGCUAUGAGAGCACUAGUAUCUUGCC